ACCGCGCACCGCGUCAUGGGGGCCGCCUCAGGCCGCCGGGGGCCGGGGCUGCUGCGGCUGCUGUGGCUGCUGCCGCUGCUACCGCUGCUGCCGCUGCCGCCGCAGCCCGCCCUGGCGCUGGACCCCGGGCUGCAGCCCGGCAACUUUUCCGCCGACGAGGCCGGGGCGCAGCUCUUCGCGCAGAGCUACAACUCGAGCGCCGAACAGGUGCUGUUCCAGAGCGUGGCCGCCAGCUGGGCGCACGACACCAACAUCACCGCCGAGAAUGCACGGCUCCAGGAGGAAGCAGCCCUUCUCAGCCAGGAGUUUGCGGAGGCCUGGGGUCAGAAGGCCAAGGAGCUGUAUGAACCGAUGUGGCAGAACUUCACGGACCCGGAGCUGCGCAAGAUCAUAGGAGCUGUGCGCACCCUGGGCUCUGCCAACCUGCCCCUGGCUAAGCGGCAGCAGUACAACGCCCUGCUAAGCAACAUGAGCAGGAUCUACUCCACCGCCAAGGUCUGCCUCCCCAACAAGACUGCCACCUGCUGGUCCCUGGACCCAGACCUCACCAACAUCCUGGCUUCCUCGCGAAGUUACGCCAUGCUACUGUUUGCCUGGGAGGGCUGGCACAACGCCGCGGGCAUCCCGCUGAAACCGCUGUACGAGGAUUUCACUGCCCUCAGCAAUGAAGCCUACAAGCAGGACGGCUUCACAGACACGGGGGCCUACUGGCGCUCCUGGUACAACUCCCCCACCUUCGAGGACGAUCUGGAACACCUCUACCAACAGCUAGAGCCCCUCUACCUGAACCUCCAUGCCUUCGUCCGCCGCGCGCUGCAUCGCCGAUACGGGGACAGAUACAUCAACCUCAGGGGACCCAUCCCUGCUCAUCUGCUGGGAGACAUGUGGGCCCAGAGCUGGGAAAACAUCUACGACAUGGUGGUGCCUUUCCCAGACAAGCCCAACCUCGAUGUCACCAGUACCAUGCUGCAGCAGGGCUGGAACGCCACGCACAUGUUCCGGGUGGCAGAGGAGUUCUUCACCUCCCUGGAGCUCUCCCCCAUGCCUCCCGAGUUCUGGGAAGGGUCGAUGCUGGAGAAGCCAGCCGACGGGCGGGAAGUGGUGUGCCACGCCUCGGCUUGGGACUUCUACAACAGGAAAGACUUCAGGAUCAAGCAGUGCACACGGGUCACGAUGGACCAGCUCUCCACAGUGCACCAUGAGAUGGGCCAUAUACAGUACUACCUGCAGUACAAGGAUCUGCCCGUCUCCCUGCGUGGGGGGGCCAACCCCGGCUUCCAUGAGGCCAUUGGGGACGUGCUGGCACUCUCAGUCUCCACUCCUGAACAUCUGUACAAAAUCGGCCUGCUGGACCGUGUCACCAAUGACACGGGUAUGGGAGGGCUGAGAGGCCCCCACCCAGCCUCACCUAAACCCCGCUGCACCCCACAGCAGGACCUCACUUGCCCCACUCAGCUCUGCCCUUCUUUCUGCCUCCCGGCCCCAGAAAGUGACAUCAAUUACUUGCUAAAAAUGGCACUGGAAAAAAUUGCCUUCCUGCCCUUUGGCUACUUGGUGGACCAGUGGCGCUGGGGGGUCUUUAGUGGGCGUACCCCUCCUUCCCGCUACAACUUCGACUGGUGGUAUCUUCGAACCAAGUAUCAGGGGAUCUGUCCUCCUGUUACCCGAAAUGAAACCCACUUUGAUGCUGGAGCUAAGUUUCAUGUUCCAAAUGUGACACCAUACAUCAGGUACUUUGUGAGUUUUGUCCUGCAGUUCCAGUUCCAUGAAGCCCUGUGCAAGGAGGCAGGCUAUGAGGGCCCACUGCACCAGUGUGACAUCUACCAGUCCACCAAGGCAGGGGCCAAGCUCCGGAAGGUGCUGCAGGCUGGCUCCUCCAGGCCCUGGCAGGAGGUGCUGAAGGACAUGGUCGGCUUAGACGCCCUAGAUGCCCAGCCGCUGCUCAAGUACUUCCAGCCGGUCACCCAGUGGCUGCAGGAGCAGAACCAGCAGAACGGCGAGGUCUUGGGCUGGCCCGAAUACCAGUGGCGCCCACCGUUGCCUGACAACUACCCGGAGGGCAUUGACCUGGUGACUGAUGAGGCUGAGGCCAGCAAGUUUGUGGAGGAAUAUGACCAGACAUCCCAGGUGGUAUGGAACGAGUAUGCCGAGGCCAACUGGAACUACAACACCAACAUCACCACAGAGACCAGCAAGAUUCUGCUGCAGAAGAACAUGCAACUAGCCAACCACACCCUGAAGUACGGCACCCAGGCCAGGAGGUUUGAUGUGAACCACUUGCAGAACACCACUAUCAAGCGGAUCAUAAAGAAGGUUCAGGACCUAGAACGGGCAGCGCUGCCUGCCCAGGAGCUGGAGGAGUACAACAAGAUCCUGUUGGAUAUGGAAACCACCUACAGCGUGGCCACUGUGUGCCACACGAAUGGCAGCUGUCUGCAGCUCGAGCCAGAUCUGACGAAUGUGAUGGCCACAUCCCGGAAAUAUGAAGACCUGUUAUGGGCAUGGGAGGGCUGGCGAGACAAGGCGGGGAGGGCCAUCCUCCAGUUUUACCCAAAAUAUGUGGAACUCAUCAACCAGGCUGCCCGGCUCAACGGCUAUGUAGACGCAGGGGACUCGUGGAGGUCUAUGUACGAGACACCAUCCCUGGAGCAAGACCUGGAGCGGCUCUUCCAGGAGCUGCAGCCGCUCUACCUGAACCUGCAUGCCUACGUGCGCCGGGCCCUGCACCGCCACUAUGGGGCCCAGCGCAUCAACCUGGAGGGGCCCAUCCCUGCUCACCUGCUGGGGAACAUGUGGGCGCAGACCUGGUCCAACAUCUAUGAUUUGGUGGUGCCCUUCCCUUCAGCCCCCUCGAUGGACACCACAGAGGCCAUGCUAAAGCAGGGCUGGACGCCCAGGAGGAUGUUUAAGGAGGCUGAUGAUUUCUUCACCUCCCUGGGGCUGCUGCCUGUGCCUCCCGAGUUCUGGAACAAGUCGAUGCUGGAGAAGCCAACCGACGGGCGGGAGGUGGUCUGCCACGCCUCGGCCUGGGACUUCUACAACGGCAAGGACUUCCGGAUCAAGCAGUGCACCACCGUGAACUUGGAGGACCUGGUGGUGGCCCACCACGAAAUGGGCCACAUCCAGUAUUUCAUGCAGUACAAAGACUUACCUGUGGCCUUGAGGGAGGGUGCCAACCCCGGCUUCCAUGAGGCCAUUGGGGACGUGCUAGCCCUCUCAGUGUCUACGCCCAAGCACCUGCACAGUCUCAACCUGCUGAGCAGUGAGGGUGGCAGCGACGAGCAUGACAUCAACUUUCUGAUGAAGAUGGCGCUUGACAAGAUCGCCUUUAUCCCCUUCAGCUACCUCGUCGAUCAGUGGCGCUGGAGGGUAUUUGACGGAAGCAUCACCAAGGAGAACUACAACCAGGAGUGGUGGAGCCUCAGGCUGAAGUACCAGGGCCUCUGUCCCCCAGUGCCCAGGACUCAAGGUGAUUUUGACCCAGGGGCCAAGUUCCACGUUCCUUCUAGCGUGCCUUACAUCAGGUACUUCGUCAGCUUCAUCAUCCAGUUCCAGUUCCACGAGGCACUGUGCCAGGCAGCUGGCCACACGGGCCCCCUGCACAAGUGUGACAUCUACCAGUCCAAGGAGGCCGGGCAGCGCCUGGCGACCGCCAUGAAGCUGGGCUUCAGUAGGCCAUGGCCAGAAGCCAUGCAGCUGAUCACGGGCCAGCCCAACAUGAGCGCCUCGGCCAUGCUGAGCUACUUCAAGCCGCUGCUGGACUGGCUCCGCACGGAGAACGAGCUGCACGGGGAGAAGCUGGGCUGGCCGCAGUACAACUGGACGCCGAACUCCGCUCGCUCAGAAGGGCCCCUCCCAGACAGCGGCCACGUCAGCUUCCUGGGCCUGGACCUGGAUGCGCAGCAGGCCCGCGUGGGCCAGUGGCUGCUGCUCUUCCUGGGCAUCGCCCUGCUGGUAGCCACCCUGGGCCUCAGCCAGCGGCUCUUCAGCAUCCGCCACCGCAGCCUCCACCGGCACCCCCACGGGCCCCAGUUCGGCUCCGAAGUGGAGCUGAGACACUCCUGAGGUGACCCGGCUGGGUCGGCCCUGCCCAAGGGCCUCCCACCAGAGACUGGGCGGGCGGCUGACGACACACCCCAGCCCACCCUGCUCCUCCCGCCCUGUCCCUGUCCCCCUCCCCUCCCAGUCCUCCAGACCACCAGCCGCCCCAGCUCCUUCUCCCAGCACACAGCUGCCUAACACUGAGCCCCACCUCUCCAAGUCUCUCUGUGAAUACAAUUAAAGGUCCUGCCCUCCC